GGAAUCAAUGGGUCUGCCGGGAAGCGCUGUGAUUGGCCAGCGGCCGGUCCCGGGGAGGAGGGGGAGCGGCGUGCAGUUUGCAAACGCUCAGGAGUGAGCGGCAGCCGCACGUGGAGGAGCAGCGCUCGUUGUUCUGGGACCGGCCGCACACUCAGCAUGCUGCUCGCCGCACAGGGACACUUUGUGGAGCACCAUAUGGCGCUGACACGUUAUUACCGGGACUCUGACCCCCCCAGCCCGGCUACCUCUCCACCACCACCCGCCUUCCCCAUGGCUGAUGGGCAGGGGGACCUUAGCCAAGUCAAAGAACCAUUCGAAAACUGCUACCAAGUGGGGCCCGUCAUUGGCACGGGUGGUUUCGGGACGGUCUAUUCUGGAGUGAGACUCUCAGACAAAUUGCCUGUUGCGAUCAAGCACGUAUCAAGGGACCGCAUCGGGGAAAUGAAGCACAUGAAUGGGACACUGGUUCCUUUGGAAAUCUAUCUGCUGAAGAAGGUAUCCACAGGCUGCCGCGGCGUGAUCCGGCUCUUGGACUGGUACGAGCGGACUGAUGGCUUUAUAAUUAUCAUGGAGCGGCCGGAGCCUGUGCAAGAUCUGUUUGACUUCAUCACGGAGCGAGGAGCCCUUAGCGAAGAGCUAGCAGCCAAUUUCUUCCGACAAGUUGUGGAAGCUGUACGGCACUGCCACGCCUGCGAUGUUGUUCACCGCGAUAUCAAAGAUGAGAAUAUUCUUGUGGAUCUGAGGACGGCCGAGCUCAAGCUCAUAGAUUUUGGCUCUGGUGCCUUACUACGGGAUGCUGUUUACACAGACUUUGAUGGUACACGGGUGUAUAGCCCCCCAGAAUGGGUCCGGUUCCACAAGUACCAUGGGCGCUCUGCCACAGUGUGGUCCCUUGGCAUCUUGCUCUAUGAUAUGGUGUGUGGCGAUAUCCCCUUUGAACAUGAUGAUGAAAUUCUGAAGGGAAAGAUCCAGUACCGCUGCAGAGUGUCUAGAGAAUGUCAGCAUUUGAUCGAGUGGUGUUUGUCCAAGAGAUCCUCAGACAGGCCAACCCUAGAGCAGAUUCUGUCUCAUCCCUGGAUGUCCCAGGAGCUAGACCAAAAGGACAAUAACAACAAAGUAUCAAGGAAGGUGGACCAAGAAUCAACCAGCACAAGCCAAGAGACCCUCUAAGCCCAAUAGAGACGCUCAACGAGCGAGAUGGGUAAUAUCUGACGCAGUCCCGGGGUGGACGGGCUGGCGUGGGCCUGUGCGUCCAGUUUGCAAACUUGGAUUCCCAGUGAGACAGAAGGCGCUGUCCCACCAGAGCGACAUACCUCAUGGGGGUCUUAAGAAUGGACGACUUUGAAUACAAACGUGUGGUGACCUCAGACUGUGGGUUCUUUUUCUAGAGACCCCCUUGCUUUCCCGAGAGACUUGAUGGGGAAGAUAGGAGCAAGUGAGAAGGGCGGGUAGCCCAGAUGCCAUGCAGGGUUACACUAGCAAGCAUAUACCACAUUGUGCUUAAGUAGUUAUCCUCUGUAUACAGGUUCUUAGCUGCAGUUUACAGUAUUUUAUGACGUAACAUCUGUAAAGUACUUAUUUUGAGUGUGCAUCCACUUAUUAUUCUUUAUGUGACACUAAUAUAAGAACUUAGCCUAUAACUAAGAAAAGCAUUUGCUAAGAAACAUAGCACACGCGUGGACUUUUUUUUUUUUUUUCUUGGUUCUUUUGGCUAUAAUAGUGGAUCAGCCUUGUAAUAGCUGACAUAGAUUAAUUGCAAAGUUUAAUGGAUUAGCAAUUGUCUGGUUAAGUGGAUGCUCAUCAAAAUGAUGCCAGUUCUUUUAUUUAGGCUGCAGAAUAUAGUAUCGUAAGAACUGCUGGGGGUGAACGCUGCUUCGGCCGUGUGCAGGCCAAACACCCUGCAACUUUUUGUUCAUUUUCUUUUUUUUUCUUUUUUUAUUCCCUCUGAAUCACCUUGGCCCAAUUAGGGACUGCUCCUAUUACAGUUGGCCAAAAAAAUGGUCUUAAAGUUGUUUGCAAUGUCAAACUGAACACUGUGUCCCAAAAUUUACAGUCGGCCAGCCUAGGUUUGGGUUUGUUUGUUGUUUUUUUUAAAGAUUUUUAUUUGUCAAUGUUUUGAGAAAAUAACCUUCCUUGCUGCUAAUAGGGGACCCUGCACCAUGACACAGUAGUGAAAGGGGUUAAAGGUUUCCUCAGGGAGACUGCUGUGAUACUGGUAAUACCAGCUGAACCUGCAUUAUCUAGGAGGGCUCACUGAACAUGUGUUCCACAGGAAUGCAUUCCCAAGCGGGACACUUUCAGUCAUUUGCAUAUCAAUGACUGCUUAGCUGGUUUACAAUGGAAAUAUCAUUGCAAUCUUUUUAGUUUAAUUAAAUACCUUGCGAUUUUUUUAUUUUUCCCAACAAUUUCAAACGUGUGUAACUUUGUCUUCACAGCCUUAAACGUUCAAACACAUGUGUGUCAAUGAACAUUUUUUACACAUUUUGUGAUUUUUAGUUUUAUUUUUGUUUGAUUUUGGCUCCCCGCCCCGUGCUCAUUUUGCCAGUGCUGGGUUUAAAAAUGACCCGGAUUUUAGUACAGUUAAAAUAUCGUCCCCAUGUCUCCUAAAAAGAAUGUUGGGAUUAUUAAAAACACUUAUGUUGUGACUGUCACACCCGAAUCUCCUGAUAAUGGAGAAUGUGAAGAAUACAAUGGUUCAUCUUUAAAUCACCUGAUUGAAACCGUGGGCCCAUUGUUUAAAGGGUGGUAUCAGGUGGGAUUAAUUCUUAAACACUUGUGCAAAUAAACCUAUCUGGGGAUACAGAGAAGGAUUUAAUGGCGUUUGUUUUCUAUUUAUACUUCUGUUUGGUUUCAGGGAGAGGGGAAUAAACAGUUUACAAUGA